UCUGACUGGGUUUGUUGCUGCCGAAGUUGCACAGAACUCAGCUUUUCUUCUUUAGUUUUAGCGUUUUUAAGUAAUCAAGAGUUUCUUGUUAUUUUUUUUUAACUCGGGUUCCCUGUGCCGAGCAAGGUCCUCCACAAUGGCGUCUCUGGCUUUUACAAUCCCAAUGGUUGUAAUGACUUUAUUUUGGGCCAUUGUUGGUGGCGUUAUACCGUGGUUUAUUCCCAAAGGACCUAACAGGGGGGUUAUCGUCACGAUGCUGGUGACCUGCGCGGUUUGCUGCUAUCUCUUCUGGCUAAUCGCCAUUCUUGCCCAGCUGAACCCCCUGUUUGGGCCGCAGCUGAAAAACGACACAAUCUGGUACCUUUAUCACCACUGGCCUUAGAGUCUCUCAUCCCAGAACCCCUCUCCCUGCACAGAAUCAGAUCUUUAUUCGUCGUCAGUCUUGUACAAAGGGAACGGUCCUUAAUCAUCUGAUGUCUUACCACAGCCACAGCUUGACCUCGUAAUAGAGAGCAGCAGAGAAAUGAAACAAACUAGUUCAGAUACUUUGUCUCCCGUGUUGAAUUUGUUGAGGUUGAAUUUGGAUAACUUUUAUGAGAUGUGAAUAAUUAGCUUUUUUUCCCCCAGAUUUGUUUUAUGUCUUAACACUUGAUUGCUGUGCCUGGCAAAACUAAAUGACACAUGACUGAUUUAUUUAUAUAUAUGUACUUUUUAUUCUUGUGCCCUUUCUCAUUCCAGCUCAAUUUACGAAGUAUUUAUUUUAUUCCUGAUCCAUAUCUGUGCCUCAAAUUGUCAUUGUGUCUUAAACUUUCUGGUUUCUGUGUGUGAGGAUGUUUUUUUUUUCCUUUGACAGAAGACAAAAUUAAAGUCUUUUGGCGGACAUCA